AUGGCACAGCGUCUAGAGAUCCUCUCCAAGAGGUUGGAUGGGUUGACUAUUUUCGGAUCUCAACCUAGAAGCUUCUCGCACGAGGCCCUGGAAAAGGUGAGGGAGCUCGUGUAUUGUUGGGGGAGCAUGAAUGUGUUUUGCUGCAUGCCCAGGAGAUGUGCUCUGCUCCCCUCUCUCUUCCUUUACCCGUUACCCUUACCAUGGCACUUCCCUAUUUCCUUUCCCCUCUUACCCCCGCCCCGCCCUUCCAGCUCUGCCCACCUGCCUUCUUCCCGAGGCAGCAGCGGUGAAGCCCGUGGUAGCAAAUCCUCUGACAUAGUUCCAGUGAGCAGCAGUGAAGCCCGUGGUAGCGUUCCCUUUCUCACCUCCCUUCACUGGCACUCCCCACCCUCCCACUCUCUCCACCUCCUUCCGGAUAGCGUCCCCCUUUCAACACGGCCCUUCCCAGGUCUGCAAACCGUCUUCACGGCGGCAGCAGCAGUGAAGCCCGUGGUGGUGCUCCCCUUCUCACCUCCCUCACUCCCCUCCACUCCCCCUCGCGCCCCCUGUUCCCUUCAACUUCCCCUCUUUCCUCCAUCCCAGGUGUGCACGCCGGCUUUCUUUGCGGAGGCAGCAGCAGUGAAGCCCGUGGCCGCUGCCACUGCCGCCACCGCCGCUGCCGCCCUAGGCAGCGGCACGGGAGGGGCAGGAGGAGCAGGGGAGGGAGGGGAGGUGGGGGCGGGGAGGGGAGGGGAGAGGGGGGAGUGGAGUGAGCUGGCGAGAGAGGCGAUGGAGGAUCUGGAUGAUGAGGAGCGGCUGGAGGAGUUUGUGCAGAACUAUCUUCAACCAGUUGAUAUACCAACUUUGGCAACACCUUCUCCCAUUUUCCCCUCCCUUUCAUCGCCCCAUUGCCCCUUCCCAUUGCAGCUGGUGUAUCAUUAUUCCAAGCCAUCUCUGGUGUAUCGCAACUCCAAGCCAUCUGGUGCAAAGGCUGUUGCUGACACCUGGUUGAAGCCCAGGCGGCAACUGACAGUGUAUGCGGGGCAGGCGCGCAAGCAGGCAGGGGUGCACAUGAUGACCAUCCCACGAGCCCUCUUCCUGGCCACAGACAAGAUGCUCCAAGACGGAGUGCCCUACCAGGGGCCUGUCUGGUCCACCGGCAUGGCCGCUGCAUGGCUGUGUCGUGAGAUGGUGAAGGGCAGGGAGUCGUUCUGGUGGCCGUACCUGCAGUUCCUGCCUCCCUCUGUCGGCCUGCCGUUCUUCUUCAAGCCGGAAACGCUGAUGGAGCUCGACUCGCCUGCUUUUGUACAGAAGAUAUCCACCCAUCUGAACAACUACCGGUCGGAGUACAACCGCAUUGCACCGCACUUACGUGCCAACACCACUUUCUUUGAGUACCUGUGGGCCGUCUCCAUCAUCAACUCGCGCGCCUUCGGGGACCAGACGCGCGGAGCUGCUGCUGGGCUAUGUCUUCGUGCCCUCUUCAUGCCCGCACUCCACGCCCUUCUCCCCUUCUACUCCCAACUCUCCUCCCCUUCUCCUCCACUUCUCCUCCCCCUCUCCUCCCCUUCGCCUCCCCUUCUCCUCCCCCUCUCCUCCCCUUCUCCCCCCCUUCUCCUCUCCUCCUCCACCCAGAUUGGAGCAUCACAGAUUGACUUCAUAGCUUUGAUGCCCUUUGCCAGGGGCGACGAGCUGUUCACAUCUUCUCCACCCCCUCUCCUCCCCGUCUACUCCUCUUCUCCUCCCCUUUCUCCUCCCAUUCAAGCAUCACAGUUUGAGUUCAUAGCUUUGAUGCCAUUCACCAAGGGCGCCGAGCUGUUCACGUCAUACGGCCCCAAGGUGAACGAGGAGCUGCUGCUGGGCUACGGCUUCGUGCUGGACGGCAACAAGCAGGAGAACGCGCUGCUCUUCCGCACGCUGCUCGAUGCAGUGAACCUGGUCGCCCUCGUCCUGCACCGCGACGCCGCCCGCCCCGGAGAGUGGGUGGCCGGCCCGGGCGGCUUGGGUGGGGCGGCUGGGAAGGGCGGCAAGACAGGGGAGGCUAGGGAUGUGAGUGAGUGCCACGAGGGGAGUGAGGGAGAGGGAGAGGAAGAGGAGGAGGGGAAGAAACGGACGUGUGCAGUGAAGUACGGGGAUGAGGCUGUGGAAGGUGGUGGUGCGGCUGUGAGUGCAGAGGCGGGAAGCAAAGGGGAUAGGGAGCUGAAGCAGGGCUUGGCACGCAUCUGGGGAGAAGGGCUGGGUGACUGGCUGGCGCUCUGGCGGGUGGCAGCCAAGGCAGUAGAAGCAAUCGCCAGGGAGCGUGCAGAGGCAGAGAAGCAGUUCGUGCACGUGGGGGCCAUGCCUCAGUACUUGGCUCGGCAGGAGAUCAGGAGGGAGAGCGAGGCAGAUGAGGUGAAUGGCGGAGUGGAGGUGCUGGCAGGGAAAUACAAGGACCCGAGUUUUGGCGUGUCUCAGCAGGCGAUAAGGAGGGAGAGCGAGGCAGACGAGGUGAAUAGGUGCUGGCAGGGAAUUACUUUUGAGACGUCUCAAAAGCAGCAGGCCAUAAGGAGGGAGAGCGAGGCAGACGAGGUGAAUAGGUGCUGGCAGGGAAGUACUUUUGAGACGUCUCAAAAGCACCAGGCGAUAAGGAGGGAGAGCGAGGCAGACGAGGUGAAUAGGUGCUGGCAGGGAAGUACUUUUGAGACGUCUCAAAAGCAGCAGGCGAUAAGGAGGGAGAGCGAGGCAGACGAGGUGAAUAGGUGCUGGCAGGGAAGUACUUUUGAGACGUCUCAAAAGCAGCAGGCCAUAAGGAGGGAGAGCGAGGCAGACGAGGUGAAUGGCGGAGUGGAGGUGCUGGCAGGGAAGCACAAGGAUCCCAGCUUUGGCAUGUCCGUGUGGCACGGGGCGGUCGUGGAGCCGAACCUCAUGGCGGUGUUUGCUGCUGUGUGGUACUACCUCAAGCACCAGUCAGGUAAGAGUGCAUCAAGAGGAGCGUCACCACACACGUUGAUGGACAGCCACAGCCACAGUCUCCCGGAGACCCCAUUGGACAUGACCAAAUCACUGCUGUAUGGGGCUGGGCCGUGGCCAACAGGGGGUGUCGUGUCGGGAGAGCCCCCGGCUGACAUCGCCGAGUCAGUGCUGCUGUACCUGGGGUGGGCCGUGAGCAACAGUGCUGUCGGGACCCGCAUGUUGACGGAUAGCCCAGUCACGUUUCCAGCCCUUCCCCAAUACGUUCUCUUCCCUCCCUCCACCAGAGCCCCCGGCCGACAUGGCCAAGUCAGUGCUGUAUCGGGGGUGGGGAAGCCCCCAUCGGACAUGGCCAAGUCAGUGCUGUAUCUGGGCUGGGGAGUGAGCAACAACGGCUGUAAGGACGUGGCCUCUCCCUUCUCCAACGUGCUGCCCGCCCUGCAAGCAGCGGCCGACACCGUUCGUCUGCUAGCGCAGGCGCGGCUGCAGCAGAUACCGACCAGCAUAGAAGAGGACGAAGCGAUCCUGAGGGAGCUGGAGCGGUGCAAGAGCGGCGGGAAGGUGGGGGCGGGUGGUGGGGAGGGGGUGAAGGGUGGGAAACUGGGGAAGGAAGGAAAGAAGAAGCCAGCACAGAGCAAGCAGCAGCAGAAGGCGAAGCUGACGAGCCUGGAGGAGGAUCAGCGAUGA